AUGUAUCAAUUUAAUAAUUCACGCUAUUUUCCAAACGGUUGGCUACCGCCACCUCGACCAUCACCACGUUCUCAAUCUGAUAAAUUAUAUAAACCUGUAUCAAAAAGUUUCAAUCGAAUAUCUGAUUUUAUAUUUCCCGACACAAUUCAUAUACGUUUAAAAGAUUCUAAUCCAUUUAUGAAUAAAUUAUCACAUCGGCCAACACUAAUGACAGACACACGUGGAUAUAAUCGAAUAGAAAAUUAUAGUUUACCAGUAUUAAACCAUCGUAAUAAACGUGAUUUAAUUAUUGUUGAGAGAUUACCUAUUGAGAAAAUGAAAGAUGUUGAUGUAUUAUACAAAGAACAAAAAAAAGAACAUUCUUAUGGUACAAGACGACUAUUAACAACACAACCAUUGUGCGAUCGUCGACGUUAUUCAUCUAUUGUUCAAUCAUCAGAUUUUCAAAAAUCACCCUUAAACAAUUAUUUUUCACCUGGUCAUGAUAGAUCAAAUAUAAUAGUUAACAAUAGAACUAAUCGAUCGGCAACAUAUCGUGAACGUGUGCGUGAUCGUCGAAAACGUCAUACAACUGAUGAUGCUUAUCAUACAAUAAUGAAAUCGAUAGUUGACGAUAAUGCUCGUGUACCGAACUGUGUCUUAUCCUGUACAACAGCACUUGAACCAAUUACCGAUUCUGACUCUUUAUUAUCUCUAUCUUUGGGCGGAGAAGGGUAUCAAGAACAAAAUAAUAUUUCAUUAGAAGAUUGGAGACGCCAAACACAUUAUCGAAUAAACACUCGAGUACCACAAAAUGGCAUAGAUAUAUCGGAAACCAUUCCAUAUUCAUCACAAUUACAACAACAAAAAAAUAAUCAAUAUAAAAGAGGAUCAACUCUUAGUAGUCGAUGUACGACACUUGAUACAUCGAGUGACAGUGAUAGUCAAUCUAUAAGACAGAUGAACAAUGGUGAUGUUAUUAGUUAUCAGCAACAAAAUACAAUCUAUCCAGAAAAUUCUCUUCAAUCAAGAGUGCCAUUGCUUAAUUACCAAGAAAAUCGAUAUGGCCAACGUCAACUACCUGUUAUCAAAGGUCCACCUGCAAUCUCAUUGCCACGUCAAGCUAUUUGGGAACGAGUGGAUAAUAAAAAUUCUGUUCGUAUGAGACAUGAACCCGACACGUAUUUUCCCGUUCAUGAAAUAGAAAACUAUUCUAAUCAUAACAAUAAUCAUCUCAUUAUAAAUGAUCAUGCAGAACAACAUUAUAACAAAAAUAAUCAAACGAAUAUUAAUGAAAAUAAACACCCACAUCACGUUUCAUUAUGUGUUAAUGAUUUACAUACAACAUUGUUUAUUGACGAAGAUACAUUAAACAAUAGUAAAAAUUCCAAUAAAUCAAACGGCGGAGGAGUUUCUGUACACAGAUUUAUUGAUCGUAUAAUGAAACGUCUAUUGCAGUUUAAACGAGCGUUAGAUAACGGUUUAGUACAUGUUCGCAAACGAGAGUCACUUAAUUUAGAAAAUAGUGUAAUUAACAAUGAAAAAUUUUUGAAACAUGAUACUCUGCGAUCAAACAAUCAUCAUAAUUAUCAAGAUCUACAAAGGAAUAUGGAAAAAAAUGAUCAAUUAUCAUAUCAGGGUUUAUGGUCAUUAGACAAUAAGUUUGUUCCACCCUAUUUAGUUAUUCGUCCACAGUCUGCACUUGUUCUUCCAAAUGAAAUAGCUAAAUUCAAGUGUUGUUUUGGUGGUGAUCCUGUACCAUCACUAAAAUGGUAUCAUAACGAUAGAGAAAUAUCAAAUACCAAUGAAAAUAAUACCAAAUAUCGAUUAUUCAAAGCGCAUGAUAUUCAUUAUUUAGAUAUUGGACCAGUGACAAUGAAAGAUAACGGAAAUAUUAAAUGUUAUAUAGAAAAUAAACUUGGACGAGAAGAAACAAUUGUUCAAUUAAUCGUUGCUCGAUCGGCGUCCGAUGCCACACCGCGUAUCAUUCAAUCAUUACAAAAUACAUCCGUCCAAGAAGGAAAACCAUUAAAAUUGUUGUGUACAAUAUCGGGCCCAUUAAUCGACGUAAAAUGGUACCAUAACGAUAAGCUUGUUUCACCAACUGUAUUGCCAAAAUCAAAUUUUAAAGGUGAAAAUGCCAUAUUCACCUUAUCGAAAGUGACACGAGCUGAUUCUGGAAUAUUUAUUUGUGUUAUACGAAAUCGAUUUGGAGAAGCGAGAACAUCUUGUAAAAUGGAUGUUAUUGAAAACCAGUGA